GCUAGUUGCAUGCACUGUUAACUGUGACAGGUCCAUAUUGGUGAGUGAGCUGUCUAGGCCUUGGCGAUUUUCUUUUUGUUUCCAUCUUGAGAGGGCAAGGAUAUAUACAUCUUGUUGAUGCAAGCUAAAACUUGGGUUUUGGUCUCUGCUAGGUUAGUAAUAAUCCACCGUACCCACAGCCGACGGCACAAUACAAUGGUAGUACUCAGCAGCGAGGACGACAGCAGGGAGUUGCUCCAAGCCCAUGUCGAGCUGUGGAACCAGACCUACAGCUUUAUGAAGUCGGUGGCUCUCGCGGUUGCCUUAGACCUCCGCAUCGCCGAUGCUAUCCACCGCUGCGGUGGCACCGCCACCCUGUCCCAAAUACUCGGAGAGAUUGGUGUCAGCCCAUGUAAGCAUGCCAGCCUCCGGCGUCUAAUGCGUGUCCUCACCGUAUCAGGAACUUUCGACAUCCAGCCCUCUUCAGCGCCAGCAGGAACCACGUCGUCAGAGUCGGAUGGGCAUGAACCUGUCUAUAAGCUGACAACAGCGUCCUGCCUCCUCGUCAGCAGCAACAGCGGCGGCGAGAGCUUGGCGACAGCAAGCAUGUCUCCUAUGCUAAACCAUGUGCUUAGCCCCUUCCGUGACUCGACGCUGAGCAUGGGGCUCACCGCAUGGUUCCGGCAUGAUGAAGACGAACAGUGCCCGUUCACCCUGAUGCACGGCGCGACCUUGUGGGAGGUGUCCGAGCAUGACGAUGCUGUAAACGCGUCGGUCAACAACGCCCUGGCUGCGGACAGCCACUUUCUGAUGCAGGUUGUCUUGAAGGAGUUCAGCGAGAUCUUUCACGGGAUAGACUCGCUGAUCGAUGUCGCUGGAGGGCUUGGGGGAGCCGCCAUGGCCAUCGCGGCGGCGUUUCCGUCUUUGAAGUGUACCGUGCUGGAUCUCCCUCAUGUUGUUGCCACGGCUCCUUCCAUUUUUAUUGGCAACGUACAGUUUGUUGCCGGUGACAUGUUUGAGAGUAUUCCACCUGCAAAGGCUUGUUUGAAUAAGUCCUUGAGCAUCUAAUUAUAGAAUGUAGAGGCGCCUAACGCCAUUAGAGGCAGGCCACAGAUUGCGGCAUGGCCCAGGUGGUUGGGAUGGCAACCACUGAUCACGAGUAUGCCGGGAUUAGCAGGUCAUUUUAUUUCCUUGUAACACAUCAUGUAUUUCCUUUAUAUAGUGAAUACGAUCAAUGGAAACUGCUGUCGCUU